AUGUCUCAGUUCGACGCUGCCCCUCCCAAUACCUAUGCAGGAGGACGAGACGAUAAUCUCCGAAUCAAAGAUGGUGCUCUACCUAUCAACGCAAGUAACGACGCUGAGGGGGAUUUCGAUAUGGUAGCGUACAAGAGGGACACACCUCUAUGGAAGAGGAUCAAAGAUCACAGUUUGACGCAGAUGAUCUUGCUCAGUAUUCAAGCCUUCUGCGGGCUAGCGAUGGCUGAUGCGAUCGCCGGGCUAUUGGGGGUGGGUUGGCUACUGCUACUGUUAACAAUAUCGCGAAUGCUGUAUCAUACGCUGCUUUGGCUGGAGUCUGUUUCCUCGGUGGUCCACUCGUCAAUAAACUCGGUACCAAUAAAUUCGGAAAUCAAUGGUUUCUCAUUGUCGGAUCAUUCCUUGAAGGAUUCGGUACAGGUGCUUGGUACGUUGCCGAAUCAGGUACUAUCAUGUCGAUUGCACCAAGUGCUAUCAACUUGGCCAAACCAUAUUGACGGUGUUGAAGGUGGUGUCACUCCGGAUACAUAUAUCAUCUUCUUGAUCAUUGAAUGUUUGGCCAUCCCCUUCGCCCUCUUGAUCUCUCCCUUGGAUCAUGUUGUUCGAUCCGACGGUACCAGGAUCAGAGUAUCAGAGAAAGUUGAAACCGCCCAGGAAUGCAGGUUGAUCAAGAAAACUUGGAGGUCCAAGCUCAUCUGCUAUCUGCUCUAUGGGCCUUCUGGUCAUUCUUCUACGGAGGUUCGUGGAGUACAUGUCUCGGACUAUACUUCAGUGUCAGGGCUCGUGCACUUUCAUCACUCUUCUCGCCCUUCUUCUGCAUCGUCGGUUGUUUUGGGCUCGGAUCCAUCCUCGAUAUGA